GACGGGACAUUUAAGACAUUGCAACACAGAGAAACUCAUCUCAGACUUCUUCAUUCGAAUACAUCGCAAAGGUCAUUUAGGACUUGUUUGCUCCCCGUCUUCGUCUGCCUUAAGUUUUAUUCAGCUUCAGUCUCGGCACAGAUCAAGAAUUACAGACAUUGCACGCCUCCACCAUGCACUGUGUGAGCAGAGGAGGGAGCUACCUGGUGAACUCCUGCUGUGAUCUCCAGGAGGACAAUCUGUGGAGGAAGGAGACCUACAGCGCCUGCUGGCUAAAUGUGGUGCUGGAAACCAGACCUCAGUACAGGAUGACGCUGUCAGAGACCGACAGCGUUCGCAGGGAGAGUUACAAGCAGCAGCAGGUGGUCCAUCUGAUGGUGGAGAGGAGCCCCAGCCAGACACUCAGGCUGGGCACGGAGAGGGGAGUCAUGACGGAGCACCAGCUGCCUUUUUCCAGCAGGAGCAAAGGGCCACAACGUGCCACCCGCACACAGGAACCUGCCGCUGCAGGAAAGGGACGUCUUAAAGCCGACAGAGAGGAAGGCCCCACCAUAACUCAGGACCGGUGCAAGCCGGUCAGAGAGAACUUCAGAGCCUCCAGUCUGAUGUCCUCUCCCAGAGAAGUCUCCCAUCGGGUGCAGAGGAGGGAGUGAAGCCAGCAGGGCAGAUGAGAUUAUCACUGCACUGCUGCAAAUAAAAUCUACAGAGUGUAACCUGUAGGCUCUGAAUAUUCACACAGAACUGGAAUCAUAAUAGUGGUGAAACAGAUGUCAGAAUGUCUCGUCUGCUAAGCUCAAACUUAAAAUAUGAUCACCAUUCAGCAGUGGAGCAAUACAAAAUGGCUCAUCUUGGAAAUUUCGAGGUAUACUUGUGAAAUAAAACGAUGUAUAAACACAA